GGAACUUAUGCUGGUAACGCAGAUGCGAUCAAGAUCAGCUCUCUGGCAAUGCUGGCUGACACGAGAGCCAAUAAGCCUAAGAUCUCAUUUCUGCACUAUGUGGUUGAUGUGGCUGCAUCCAAUGAUGCCAGUAUGCUAGAAUUCAGAAGCAAGGUUGCCGAUUUCCAGAGAAUGUCAAAGACACCGUUUGCAGCCCUUGAAGAGGAGAUGAAUUCAUUGGUGGAGGGGGCUAAUGACAUCAGCAAGAGAAUAAAAUCGAGCAAACUGUCUUCUCAAUUCGGUGAUUUCUUCUACAAUGCAAAACAACAGGUAGAUUGUCUUGUCAAAAAAAUGAAGAGAAUUAGAGAGGUGAAAUCUCAACUGGCAGUUCACUUCUGUGAGGAGCCUGCUGCUUUCCAGCUGAAUGACUGCUAUCAGCUGUUUGCUGACUUCUUCAGCAGAGUCAACAAAGCUUUUCAAGAGAACGAUCAGAUGAAGAAAUCUGAGGAAAAAGCUGCAAAAUUGAAAGCUGUAAAGUCGACCAACAACGAGGUAGUAAAAUCGAAGAAGAGGCGAAUAUUUGAAAGCCAAGUCGAACAGCUCAUCAACGAAGCGAAAAAUGGGGCAUACUAGAUGGAGUAACUACUGUAUCUAGGUGCUAGAUGUAAUAGCAUCAAUGGUUCAACACACUAAGAAGUCACCAAGUUAGGUAAUUCUUAAAUGACAAUAGACAAUGGAUUGUCUUGCUCUGAUGAGUUGAUAUGUAAAUAGUUAGUUAUUGAAUUUCUAAAUUCCAGUCUAGAGUCUUAUAUCCUUUUAAGUUUUAAGAUAUUAACAACGAAGUUUGUCUUUGAUUUGAUUCAACUCGCUAAUUUUUUGGAAAAGUCACAACGUUAUUCAUGCUCAGGUAUUGAAAAAUGACGAUAGACAAUUCAUUGUCUUAUUCUGAUUAUGUAUCUGUAAAUAUCUGUGUAUCUUUUUGUUAGGUUUUAAAUUUUUCAGUUGAUUUUAUAUUAGUUGUUGAGUACAACCACAUCCGAUCUUGCUUCAAUACGAUUCAGAUCACAAGUUCUCUAAAGGAGUAACAUUUCCAAAUAGUUUCUAAAAACGACCAUAGGCAAUAAUAACUGAUUGUCUGAUGAUGAUUUCGAAUUUAUAUAA